GCUGGAAGUUACCGAUGGGUGGUACAGGCUGAGAGCGCAGGUCGACGAGCCUAUGGCACGAGGUGUACGUCGCGGUCUCAUCGGAGUCGGGCGCAAGAUUGCUAUGACCGGUGCUAGGUUAUCAAGCGAGAGCAAGGACCCGCAAGAGGUGCUCGAGGCGUACAACUCAACCUGCCUCAUACUAUCCGGCAAUUCCUCUCAUCUCGCCCCGUGGCAUGCCAAGCUGGGCUUUCAGCCAUUGGGCGGACCGUAUAUAUGCACCCUUGGUAGCCUGACCCCGGACGGCGGAGUCGCUUGCGUGCUGGAUCUCGUAGUGGAAAGGGCUUACCCCGUCGCCUACAUCGAGUUCAUCGAGCAAGAAGACGGCACAACACGUCGCGAAGGCCCUCGAACAGCGGCCGACGAAGCGCGGGAGAAUGACAAGUGGCAACGCAAGCGCGAUAACGAGGCGGCGAAGCUACACGCCGUAUUCGAGAAGAAAGUGCAUCGAUAUCUGGGCUAUGCGGAUCGGUGUGAGCAGAAGGCGGCAGCAAAGGGCUUUCAGCCGAAUCCGGAUGAAUCACCGCCAGACUCGAUAGACGGCAUCUACGACCAGCUCGAGGAACCGGCAGACGCGAACGAGGCGCUCGCCAACAUUUCCGUCAUCGAGGCUGGCUGGCUGGCCAAGUACAUCCGCGACUCCAUCGAGAAAGAGAGCGAACGCGCGCGAGACGAUAUGGAGAAGGAGUUAGCGGAAACCUGCCCGCCACGAAAUGUACGCAGCUUCCGCGUCAUCGUCGGCCGGGACGCACGAACGAAUCGGAAGCCUGCAAAUCGGAAUGCGCAGAUCACCGUCUGGGACGUGAUGAAUCUGGCAUUGUACGAAGGACGGCCAGAGGGUACUAUUGAAGUCGGACAUCGGUUUUUGAUCACAAACCUCAUGCCCUCAGCGCAGAGCGCCUGGAUGGGCAAUGAGCCCGACGCGGAGAUAUACCUCAGUACAAGGAGAGAUACCAGGUGGACGAGAUUGAAGACGAUCACAUAGGGCCCACCACUGCUUCAUAUGUUCGUUCUUGCCAGUACCUUAUUGCACGUUGCUUCAUAUCC